AGGAGACUUUCUAAAUCUCCCUCACAACCCGGGCGUUUGCUGUGGCGGAUGUAACGUGUGCAGCUCGUUCCUUUCUACCGCUGCUUUGCGUUGAUGUGGGUCACGCUAAAAUCCAUCUCAGCACUGCCGGCGAUGCCCGAAGCAGCGUGAAUUCCAAGAGAUCCACCAGCGGUUUUGUUUCUAUCCGAGGUCGCUCAUCGGAUCCUGCCCUGCGAAAGGCGCCAACAAAAAGAGUCGAGGAGGUGCCACCCCAGCGGCGGCGGGAGGAGGAGCGCUGAGGCCCGUGUCGCUACCGGUCGUGCGUACUCGCUGGAGGGAAGGGCGGGGAACCGCUCCGGGAGGGGGACGCCCGGUGGCCCGGGGUAAACCAAGUUCCGGCUUUGGUGCCCCUCCCCAAUUGACUCCCACGCGUGAAAAGUUUGUAGCCGACACUUGCGGCCGGCUCGCGCCCGCCGGGCCCAGCCGGUCGAGCCUUCGGAGCGGGAGCCGUCCCAGCUCCGGGGAGCUGCGAGCCGCGAUGCCUGGGGCGGGCUCCCGGGGCCCCACCGCCGGAGACGGGCGGCUGCGCCUGGCACGACUGGCACUGGUGCUGCUGGGUUGGGUCUCCGCGUCGGCCCCCAGCUCUUCGGUACCCUCGUCUUCCACCUCUCCGGCGGCGUUCCUGGCCUCGGGGUCUGUGCAGCCUCCGCCAGCCGAGCGAUGCCCGGCGGCGUGCGAGUGCUCCGAGGCGGCGCGCACGGUCAAGUGCGUUAACCGCAACCUGAUGGAGGUGCCCGCGGACCUGCCUUCCUACGUUCGCAACCUCUUCAUCACCGGCAACCAGAUGACCGUGCUCCCGGCUGGCGCUUUCGCCCGGCGGCCACCGCUCGCCGACCUGACGACGCUCAACCUCAGCGGCAACCACCUGAAGGAGGUGUGUGCAGGUGCCUUCGAACAUCUGCCCGGCCUGCGCCACCUCGACCUCAGCCACAACCCUCUCACCAACCUCAGCGCCUUCGCCUUUGCGGGCAGCAACGCCAGCGUCUCGACCCCUAGCUCCCUGGAGGAGCUGUUCCUGAAUCACAUUGUGCCCCCUGAGGAUCAGCGGCAGAACGGAAGCUUCGAGGGCAUGGUGGCCUUUGAGGGCAUGGUGACAGCUGCCCUACGCUCAGGCUUUGCGCUCCAAGGGCUGCAGCGCCUUGAGCUGGCCAGUAAUCACUUCCUUUACCUGCCUCGGGAUUUACUGGCCCAACUGCCGAGUCUCAGCCACCUGGACCUUCGGAACAACUCCUUGGUGAGCCUGACGUAUGCAUCCUUCCGCAACCUGACACACCUCGAAAGCCUCCACUUGGAGGACAAUGCUCUCAAGGUCCUUCACAACUCCACUUUGGCUGAGUGGCAAGGCCUGCCUCGUGUCAAGGUGUACCUGGACAACAAUCCCUGGGUUUGCGACUGCUACAUUGCUGACCUGGUGACCUGGCUUAAAGAGACAGAGGUGGUGCCUGAUAAAGCCAAGCUCACCUGUGCAUUCCCAGAAAAAAUGAGGAACCGUGGCCUCUUGGAGCUCAACAGCUCUGACCUGGACUGUGACGCUCUCCAGCCCCCAUCCCUGCAGACUUCCUAUGUCUUCCUAGGUAUUGUUUUAGCUCUGAUAGGUGCCAUUUUCCUCCUCGUUUUGUAUUUGAACCGUAAAGGCAUAAAAAAGUGGAUGCAUAACAUCAGAGAUGCGUGCAGGGAUCACAUGGAAGGGUAUCAUUACAGAUACGAGAUCAAUGCGGACCCCAGGUUGACAAAUCUCAGUUCCAACUCGGAUGUCUGAGAAACAGGACUGGUCUGCAUGCGGUGUAGACUUCAGAAACAGGACAACUCUGCAUGAGCUGUAGACUUCAGUUGGUUUUUGUUUGUUUGUUUUGUUUUUUGUUUUUUCCCUUUACUAGGCUUGCUCCACCCCCACCCUCCAUCAUCCACAACAGUGACUUUGACUGAAAGCAGUGAAGGGAUUUUGCUUCCUUGUUAUGUAAAAUAUUGAUGUGUUCUGUUAAUGUAAGAACAUAAACAGUCGUGCAUACAAUGUUUAUUUACCCCUUUCCUUUCGGUAAUCCUCAAUGCCUGGGGAGGGAGUUUUUUUUUUUUUUUUUCUUUUUUCUUUUUUUCAAAAGUUCCAGCAUGGACAUGGACUCUUUCUUAAUUCAGUUCAAGGUGUAGCACAGAGAGCAUUCAACGGAAGCUUCCUCAGAUUUUUUGAGAAAAAUACUUUAUUCAUAAAUAUGAGUUUCAUCCUCACCUACGUAAAUUAUGGAGAAAAUAAUUGCAUCCCCAAACUGCCUGCAGACCUUAGCAAGCUCUUUUAUAGAACCUAGAGCACAGGAGCACCUGCAUUCAAGAGCAUGCUUACAUUUUACUAUUCUGCAUAUUAAAGAAAUUUGCAACUUCAGAUAACCUUUUUGACAAGCUAAAUUACUUUUUGAUUGCAGUUUAUAGGAAACUGUCCUAAGGGUUUUUCUUUUUUCUUUUCUUUCUUUUUUUUUUUAUAAACUGCAUUGAGAUCCAACAGACUGGAUUGUUUAAAAAACAAAACAAAACAUCAAUAAAAAGUCUUAAAAGAAACAUGGUGUGUUCAAGUUUGGUAUUUUGAAAUGAGGAUGAAAGGCAAUGAUAUUGAGUCGUUUUGGUUCAAAUCAUGAGUUAUUA